GCCGUAGCUGCGAACCAAGAUCUCUUCAAGAAUCUGGUCGUCCAUCAUGUCGACUUGCGUCCGGUGACAAUUAACUUCCAAAUUUUCCCCAAAACACUUCCAUCAUGUCUCGUGGCGGAAGAGGAGGCGGCAAGCGAGGCCCCGACUUAUCGUGGGACGAUGAAGAAUCUCUCGCAACUCCGCCUGUUUCAAACAAGCCACAAGAAACAUUCCCUCCUAUCGACAUACCUGUCCCACGCCCCAUCUCCUCCGACGAAGCCCUCACUCUUAAAUGCCACAGAGACUUCCGCAAACGAGUUCGUAAUGGACCAUACUAUUCCGUCCUCGACCCGAGCAGUGUCGCAGAUGAGAAGACGGGCAAAGUCUUGAAGCGUGCAGGCUUUGACCCUUUCAACGACCAGGAGAAAUACACUGCAAAAUACCACAAGAAGAAGCGAGCGGUUCCAGACUUGAGUGGACGAGAUUAUUCACUUCGAUACUUUCCUCAUGAACUCUGGCCAAUGUUGGAUCCACGCCGGAAAAAUCCUCUCUGGAAAACCACCGACAUUGACAUCGACACCGAAACCAACGCUCCCAGAAAGAACCUCAAGCGGAAACGGGAAAUCAUCCUCGAUGACGCCGAGGAGGAGGAAGCGACUAGAGCAAAUGAUGAAGGCAACGACACCGACGGCUCAGAUCCCUUGUUGUCCGGGACUCGACGCUCUCGAAACAGCACGAAAGCCGCGAAGAAACGCCGCGAAGACCCCACGACGAAGAAAUCGCGCGAGAAACGCGGAUUAGAUGCGGAAGACGAGUUCUCGGACGAGGAAAUAAGACCACGAUCGCCACGUGGGAAAAAGAACAAGGACAAAGGCUCCGAUGACGAGGACGAUGAUGAUGACGACGUCGACGAGCAUCAUGACAAUGACAAUCCGGAUGCGACUGGUGAUGAGGACGAUGAUGAGUCGGGUGAUGAUGAACCAGUAGAUUCAGAGUUCGAGGAGUCGGAUGAUGGCGACGGCGAUGACUACAAUGCAGAGAAUUACUUUGACACAGGCGAGGGAGAUGAGGAUGAUUAUGGCGCAGGAGGUGAUGAUGAAGGUGGUACUUUCUGAUCGGCAUUGAGGGUAUGUGAGCAUCUCAGCUCAAAGGCCCUGCGCGGAAGCUGAAAUCGUCUCAACCUGUGCCGGCCAAGGGCAAUUGUCUUUUCACAGGCGAGCGGACUGGGCUCGUAAAUGUCAGCUGGCCAAAGUUGUGCGUUGGUUCUUUACUUCAACUCUUUCUUGGAGUAUUCGUUCUCAUUUUUCGAGAGCAAAGAGAUACCCAGGGCAUGAAAGUCCCUCUCCACAGCAGUGUUACAUGCGAGAGAAAAAUAACAAACUUCGUAGAAGGACAUACA